AUGGAGUUGAUGGAGUUGGAACCGGAAAAGCGAAAGGCUCUUAUGGUUUACGAUGAGGAAUUAGCGAGGAAAUUGGAAAUGGAUGGCACGGUGAAACGACUUCGCGAUUUGUCGCUUGAUUUGUUUGAGGUUAUUGGCGGGAGUCAAAGGUCUGCGAGGUCUCGUGGAAUUGAUCCUGGGAGGAGGAGCGCCGAACACGUGAGUACUGUUUCGAAAAAAUCGAAAUCUAGUUAUGUUAGUGCUGGUUCUGAGGCUCGAAGAGAAAAAAUGGCCUUAGCAAGACUAAACUUGGAACAUUUGAAAAGAAAACAAGAACUUGACCGUAAAAUGGCUGAAAUUAAUUAUGCAAAGGAAUUAAUGGAGGCCGAAAUGGAGGCAGAGAGAGCCUUUGUGAGUUUUAGUAUCAUGGACCGAGAAAUUGGGUCUGCAAGGGUUAAGGGAAAGAGUUUACCUAGCCAAGGGGAGAAUCUGCCUGGUGAUUUAUACGAUUCCGGGCUGAAGGGUGAUGUUGAGAAUGUUGUAGAGCAAGCGGGUUCCAAAUUGAAGAUUAAAGAGUCGCCGAAGCAUGACACCAAACCAGUGCCAACUGACACUGAAUCUGUGAAGUUACCAUUUUCAAAGGGGGAUGAGCCAGGAACACCUCUCCAAGGAGAUAGUGUGUCAGAUUUAUCAGAAACUGACAGGAAAUUUGAACCGCCACCCCCCACCGAGAACUUUCAAGUUGUAGCGGCUCAUCCACAGGGAAAUUCAGGAAAUUUGCCAAUGCAAGCUGAUUUGAAUACCGGUCAGCAGAUAGUUAAAACUCUGAGUCAAGUUAUGAACACUCCCAAGAUAGAAUACAUGCGUUUUGGUGGAAAUCCAAUUGACUAUGUGUCAUUCAUGCGCAACUUUGAAACCUGCUUGGAAGAUGAUACCGAUGGUUCUAGAAGUCUUCAGUUGCUAAUUCAACACUGUACUGGUAAAGCUAGAGAAGCGAUUGAAAGUUGUGUAAACCUACCAGUGUCAGAAGGUUAUGAAUCUGCAAAGAAAACCCUGAAAGAAAAUUUCGGUCUUCCUCAUGUUAUCGCGAAAGCUCAUUUAAAGAAGUUAGAACAAUUGCCACCAUUGAAAGCUAGCACUGGGUCAGCAUUGUUAGAGUUUUCAAGAAGCCUUGAGAUAGCAGAGAGAACCCUGAAGGGAAUGGGUCCUGAAUAUGUCAGUGACUUGAGCCACACCAACACCCUGAUGGAGCUGAAUAGGAAGCUACCCUAUUUUAUGAGAGCAAAGUGGGCAGAAUGUGCGGGGAGAAUCAUUGAAGCUGGAGAAAGGCCAAAAUUUGAGGAUUUUCUGAAGUUUGUAAAGGCCCGAGCAAAGCUUGUGAACAAUGAAUUUGGAGAAUAUCUUGCUGCGAGCUCUUCAAGAGAGAAGAAAAGAAAUGGAGAGAAGGUAGAGAAACCACUAUCAAAGCUAACCUCAAUGACAACUAAAGUUGAACUUGAUCAGAAAGCAAACCAAAAUGGUAAAACAUCGGGUGCCAACCGAAAGUGUCCUGCUUGUCUUGGACAGCACGGAUUAUGGAGGUGUGAGAAAUUCAAGAAGCUGCCGUAUCCAGAAAGAGAAAGAUUGGCGUUAAGCAAGAGGCUGUGCUUCAAAUGCCUCAACGGAGGACAUUUUAAAGAUCGUUGUCCCAAGGAAGCCUUCAAGUGUCAGGUGCGAGGUUGUGUUGAGGAUCACAAUACUCUGCUACACCCCACUUCCAGAGAUCAGACAGAGAGAGUAAGUUCUACCAGUGUUACCCCUCAUGGUUCCUCUCUUGAUGCUGAAGAUCAUCUUCAACAAGUUAAUGCAGCCACAAGAAAUUCAGGUGAAGUCCAAAGAGCGACUCAAGAACGGCAAGGUGCAAGUUCUGUGACAGUAGCAACUGGGGUCGGCGAGAGACGUGUUUGCCUAGGAGUCCUUCCUGUUGAGGUUACAGCCAAGGGAGGGACGAGGACUGUGGAGACGUAUGCGCUACUAGACAGCGGUAGCGAGGUGACUUUGUGCAAGGAACAGCUUUUCAAUGACCUCGGGUCAUGGUGCUCAAGAUGUAACUAUGAGCUACAAGGAGUGACAGGGUCCAAGAACGUUGAAGGCCACGUGGUAGAUAUUGUUGUUACGUCGUUGGAUGGCAGAGUGUCAGAGGAACUGUUGAACGUUAGAACUGUUGAGCAGAUACCAGUGUCAGUCAGUUGCAUUCCCAAGAUAGAAGACAUUUUGAACUGGUCCCAUUUAAGGGAUGUUGAUUUGCCAGAGUUAAGUGCAUCAGAUGUCGGUCUUAUCAUAGGCCUAAAGGAGAAGCCCUCAUUGUUUGUCCCAUUGGAAUGUAAGUCAGGUGGACAUGGUGAGCCAGUAGCGGUGCGAUACUCGUUGGAUUGGACAGUUAUGGGUGCCUUGGGCGGCACUGGAGAUAGUGGACCUUGUUCAGUUAAUUUUGUUCGCCUGGGUAACAAGGAGUUUUAUGUUGAUGAGCCAGAGGUUGUAGAGUUUGAAGGACAGAAAGGUGGUGUUGAGAAGAAAGAGGAGAGUGAAGUUGGAGAAUUAGGAGCAAAUGAGACAGAUGUAAACCUGCAGUGUGGAGAUGCAGAAGUGAAGCGUCAAAUACAAGAUGAGAUUUUACAUGAGCAAAUUGAGAAACUUUGGAAAACUGACUUUGCAGAUUCUGUUGUGAGCUCAAGCGCAAGUCUUUCAAUUGAGGAUAAGAAAGCACUAGAGAAGAUGGAACGGUCGUUGAAAAUGGUUGAUGGGCAUUACCAAGUAGCGCUUCCGUGGCGUAAUGAUCCACCUUAUUUGCCAAAUAACAGGUCAAUGGUCGAGCGUCGAGCUGAGCUUCUGAAGAAACGUCUCCUCAAAGACCAAGACUUGUUUUCCAAGUACAAUGCAACCAUGAAUGAAUACGUUGAAGAGGGCCAUGCAGAGAGAGUACCAACCAAUGAGCUACACCCAGAAGACCGACCAGUGUGGUAUUUGCCCCACCACCCAGUUAUGCAUCCAUUAAAACCGGAGAAAGUCCGAGUAGUUUUUGAUUGUGCGGCUCAGUUUGGCAAGACGUCUUUGAAUCAGCAAUUGUUGCAGGGCCCCGACUUAACUAAUCGUGUUGUGGGAGUGUUGAGCCGUUUUCGCCAAGAGACUGUCGGCCUUGUAGCCGAUAUACAAUCAAUGUUUCAUCAAGUAAGAGUGGAACCCAGAGACUCUGAUGCAUUAAGAUUUUUGUGGUGGGAGGGAGGAGAGCUAUCAGCAGAGUUAGUGGAGUACCGAAUGGUGAAACACAUAUUUGGAGCGACGUCGUCGCCAAGUGUCGUGAACUUUUGUUUGAAGAAAACUGCAGAGAUGGACGGAGGGCAGAAUUCAGAAGUUGCAAGUGUCAUCAACAGGAACAUGUAUGUCGAUGACCUCAUGAAGUCAACUGAAACAGUGACAGACGCAAUUGUGCUGGCAAACAAAGUUCGUGAGCAGCUCAGCAAAGGUGGUUUUCAUCUAACAAAAUGGUGCAGUAAUGACAGGAGAGUCAUGGCUGCUAUUCCAGAAUCAGAGAGAGCUAAGACAGUUGUGAACUUGGAGCUUGAACAGCUUCCAACCCAAAGUGCCUUAGGAAUGAAGUGGGACGUUGAAGAUGACAAAUUUGUGUGGGAGGUCUCAGACAAACUUAUGAGUGCGUCUUCCAAGAAACCAGUGACAAGACGUGGCAUAGUGUCUGUUGUGUAUUCUUUAUUUGAUCCACUUGGGUUCAUUGCACCAUACAUCAUGAAGGCGAAACUGCUACUUCAGAUGUUAACCAGAAAGAAGAUUGGAUGGGAUGAACCACUUGAAGAGAACGAGACUGUGCAGUGGUCAAGAUGGCUAGACGACCUUAGCAAGCUUGAAGAGGUGAAGAUUGAUCGCUGUUUCAGACCCAAAGGAUUUGUAAAGGUUCAAGAAACCCAGUUACACCUGUUCUCAGAUGCCUCGAGACAAGGUUAUUCAUCGGUCGCAUACCUUCGUUUUGAAGAUGUUGAGGGGCGAGUCCAUUGUUCGUUCGUCAUGGGCAAGGCCCGGUUAGCUCCAAUCAGAGAAAUUUCCAUUCCAAGACUUGAGUUGACUGCAGCAGUCAUCUCUGUGAAACUCAGCCAUGCUAUCCGUGAUGAAUUGGAUCUGACCGUGAACAAAGUCAUUUACUGGACAGAUUCCAACUCUGUUUUGAAGUAUAUAAACAAUGAAACCAAGAGAUUUCACACCUUCGAGUCCAACCGCCUGACGAUUAUACACGAUGGUUCUGCUCCCCAAGAAUGGCGAUAUGUCAACAGAGACGAGAACCCGGCAGAUGAUGGAUCAAAGGGUCUAAAGCUAGACGUUCUAAUCAAGAACAACCGAUGGCUGACAGGUCCUAAGUUUUUGUGGAAAGGGGGAGAAUACUGGCCAAAGAUGAUUGAGGUCCCUUGCCUCAAGGAUGAAGAUCCAGAAGUCAGAAAGGAGAAUCAAGUUUAUGUGACAGCGGUCAGUUGUGAUGUCGUGGAGAAGCUUAUUCUGUACUAUUCAUCCUGGUGGAAGCUCAAGGUAGCAAUUGCCUGGUUGCUGCGCUAUAAACAGUAUCUUAUGAACAAGUUUCUACAACUCAGAGAAGGUUGCCCAACCACACAUGAUUCAGCGGAAGGAAGGAAUUACCUCAAACUUGACGAGCUUCGCGAGGCAGAGCAUGAAAUCAUGCGCUAUGUUCAACGCAAAGAGUUCCCUGAUGUAACAGCUCUCCAGCCAGGAGCGGAUGAAAGGUCAGUAAAGAGGCUAAUGAAAAAGAUGGGAGCUUCAAUAAGCAAGUUAAAUCCUCAAGUUCAAGAUGGAUUGCUGAGAGUAGGAGGCCGUAUUGGACGUGCGCCUUUGUCUUACGAGUUGAAACACCCAGUUAUUUUGCCCUACAAGCAUCACGUCACAGAUUUAAUAAUCAGAGAUCAUCACCUCAAAGUGGGACACAUGGGCCAAGAGUCAGUUCUGUCGUCGUUGAGACAGAAGUAUUGGAUUUUGAAGGGCAGAUCUGCAGUGCGCCGGGUGCUAAGCAAGUGCCUUGACUGUCAGAAGAGAAGUGCAAAACCGGCAGAGCAGUUCAUGGCAGAACUCCCAGCAGAUCGCGUGACUCCAAGUGAACCACCCUUUUCAUAUGUUGGAAUCGAUUGUUUUGGCCCAAUCGAAGUGAAACAGGGAAGAUCACACGUCAAGAGGUACGGCUGCUUCUUUACAUGUUUAACUGUACGUGCAGUACACGUCGAGAUUUUGCACUCGCUGAGUGCCGAUUCUAUGAUAAACGCCUUGAGAAGGUUUAUUAGCAUGCGAGGUUGCCCCAAGGAGAUUCGAAGUGACGACGGAACAAAUUUCACAAAGGCUGACAAAGAGUUGAGAGAAGCUGUACAACUCUGGAACAACCAAAGAAUCAGUAAUUUCUGCGCUCAGAAAGAAAUAAAGUGGACAUUCAAUCCACCAGACGCGAGCCAUAUGGGGGGACCAUGGGAGAGGAUGAUUCAAACUACUAAGCGAGUGUUGAAGGCUUUGUUGAAGGAACAGUUGGUGACAGAUGAAGUCCUUUCUACUGUCAUGGCAGAAGCUGUCAACAUUGUCAACAGCCGUCCCUUAACACGCAACAGCGACAGUUCCUUAGAUGAUCAGCCAAUUACCCCCAACCAUUUGUUGCAUUUGCGCCCAACGCCCAGUUUACCGCCAGAUGUGUUUGACAAAGGAGAUCUUCACUGCAAGCGUGCAUGGAGACAAGCUCAGUAUUUGGCUGGUGUGUUCCGGCGGAGAUGGUCCAGCGAGUACUUGCCAACCCUUAUGGAGAGACAGAAAUGGAAGAUGCCUAAGCCAAACAUCAAAGAAGGGGACUUGGUCCUAUUGGCAGAUGAAAGUUACCCUCGUGGCCAGUGGCCGAUCGCACGUGUGGAGGAAGUUGUUGUCAGCAGAGACGGGUAUGUGCGUACCGUUCGAGUGAAGACUGCCUGUACAGUGGCGACUCGUGCUAAGAGAAGACGCCGCAGAAAGCUGAAGACUAGCAGUGUGAUAGUCACUCGGCCAAUCACAAGUUUAUGUCCUUUAGAGAUGGACUGA